AUGACAUGCAACGCUUAUGGUAACUUCCCACUUCAACAGCAGCAGCAGCAGCAGGAGCAGCAGCAGCAGGAGCAGCAGUUACCAGAACAUCAGAAUAACCCGAGUGCAGGCAGCGAUACCAGUGGUGGCGGUGGCGGUGGCGAGGGAAUCACGGCGGCUGCUGGGCGCACCUACCCUCACCCAGGGCCGCUCGUAAGGGGCGAGUGGCAGCAGCUGCUGCUGGGGAGCGGCAGCGAAGAGGACAUGGGCAAGGGAGAGCAGCAGCAUGAACUAGCGCAGUUGCGAGGGGCUGCGAGGGCAGGUGAGGAGGUGGGGGGGAGUGCAAUGGCUGUGGAUGCGAGGGACGCUCGUCUUCCGAUGAGCCAGCAGCAGGGUGGUGGGGCAGCCGUGCUCCAUGCUUGCUCGGGUAUUUUAAGGGCUCAUGCCGUGGAUGCUGGUGCUGCUGGUGUUGCUGGUGGUGCUGCUGGUGGUGCUGGUGGUGGUGGGGAGGGAGGAGCAGCCGGAGGAAGAGGAGAAGGGGCUUGUAAGCCUGCUGCAGUGGCCCCGGCUGCUACGAUCGUGUGGGGCGUGCACUCACCGCUUGCAUCGCUGCUGCAGGGCGCAUCUGCAUUGGUAUUCACCAACCCCACCAGUUGGGAUGCAAGGAGCAGGGCUGCAGAGGACGCACAUGCACAGCAGCAGCACCAUGCAGACAGGCAUAAGCAGGAGGAUGGUACAUCGAAUGACAUGGGGGAUGGGGAAAUGAUGGAUUGCGAUGGGGUGGAGACGGUGGGUAGACUGAACGCUGGGAGUACAGAUGGUCUGAGUGGUGGGGGUCAUGCCGCUGAUACCUCCAUGAAUUGUGGGGGUAUUGGCACCAAUGGCCUCGUGGGUGAAUGCGGGUACACCCCAUGUGAUGGCAACAGCUGGAUGGUAGAGGCACUGGAUGUGUGGCUGGAUGGUGCUCAUGCCACGCGUGGCACCCAUGCUGGUCAAUCCGGUCAACCAGGGCCACCCGGUCGAGCUUGUCAUUCCGGUCAACUCGGUCAACUCGGUCAACUAGGUCAGCCUGGUCAACGUGGUGGUGACGAGCUGGAGCAGGUGGUGCUGGCAGCACAGGGCGGCACAGGCCACAGCGUUGUUGCUGCUACUGCUGCUGCUGCUGCUGGGCCAAGCAAAGCGAGCUGCAACUAUUGGCAGCAGCAGGAGCAGCAGGAGCAGCAGCAGGAGCAGGAGGAGGAGGAGGAGGAGGAGGAGGAGGAGGAGGAGGAGGAGGAGGAGGAGGAGGAGGAGGAGGAGGAGGAGGAGGAGGAGGAGGAGGAGGAGAUGCAGCAGGUGGUGCAAGAGUGA